UGAAUGAUUUGCGCAUGCUUUACAUUUCCCUCUCGCUCCAUUGUAUACAACUAUUCUUUUCUUUAUGAAUGUUCAAGUUGGAAGUUUGAUCAGCGUUUAAAGUGGCAUGUGAUUUCGGCGAAGGAAAGUUAAUACACGAAUAAAGGAAUUUCCUGUUUAAAUUGAAAUAAACUGCAAUAUACAAUGAAUAUUGCGGAUGGAGUCGGAUACACGCGGUCGGAAAUAUUUGUGCUUGUGGCAAGGAUAUCGUUUAUCGCGGCUUUUGGAUUUUUCAGUAUGAAAUGGAUUAUGAAUCAACUUGAUCCAACGAACAAUGCAAAGAAAAAAGCCAGGAAAAAGGCACAAGAACAGUUACGAAAAUUAGCCAAAACUGAUAAUCUAUCAUGGUCAGUGGACAUGGAUCAGUUGACAGAUUAUGAAAUGAUGAUAGCUAAUCACAUAGUGGAUCCCAAAGAUAUUAGAGUUUCAUGGGAGAAUAUUGCAGGCCUUGAACAUGUUAUACAAGAACUCAAAGAAACUGUGAUAUUGCCUAUACAGAGAAAAGAAUUAUUCGAAGACUCUCAGUUAACUCAAGCACCAAAGGGUGUACUAUUGCACGGUCCACCAGGUUGUGGUAAAACGAUGAUUGCCAAAGCAACCGCUAAAGAAACUAAAACAUGUUUCAUUAAUUUAGAUGUAAGCAUUCUAACUGAUAAAUGGUACGGUGAAAGUCAAAAAUUAACUGCAGCUGUCUUUUCAUUAGCUGUGAAACUUCAACCAUGUAUAAUCUUUAUUGAUGAAAUAGAUUCAUUUUUAAGAGCACGUAACUCACAAGAUCAUGAAGCAACAGCAAUGAUGAAAGCACAAUUCAUGUCUCUUUGGGAUGGACUAAUCACAGAUCCUUCUUGCACAGUUAUAAUAAUGGGUGCUACUAAUAGACCACAAGACUUAGACAGAGCUAUUCUCAGACGUAUGCCAGCUACUUUCCACAUUGGUUUGCCAGAUGAACAACAACGAAUACAAGUCUUAAAGUUGAUAUUAGAUCAUGAACCAGUAGCUGAAAAUAUAGAUAUAGUAAAAUUGGCGAAAAUUACAGAAGAUUUUUCUGGAUCAGACCUGCAAGAACUUUGUAGAAAUGCUUCUAUUUAUCGCGUUCGGGAUUACUUGCGAACUCAUACACAGGAUACUAGUAGUACUGACGAUGAAGAGUUUCACGAUGCAGUACGACCUAUAACAAUGGAAGAUCUACUUACAUCAUAUAAAAAAUUAAGAACAUCUAAAAUACAUACGGGUACUCGUAGUGUUCUUAAAUCUGAUAUAGAUUAGACAUAUGUCAAUCCAUUUUGAAAUUUUUUUCUUUAAGAAAGAAAAAUUAGGAAAAGAAUUUUAUAGUAAUGUAUCUCAUUUUCAAAUAUUCAUAAGAAAGAGUAUGUAAAAAAUUUUGUUGCAAAAUUUCAUAAUUCAUAAAUUGCUAACACUAAGAGAAACAGUGCGCAUGGAAAAAAGGUGUAUAUAUGCAUAUAUAUGUAUGUAACAUAUAAUUACCUCUGAUAUAGGACUACUAACUUAUAUUUCGAGGAGAAGAAAUUUGAGUACAAUUUAAAUUAUUUUAUUGGAUAGAAAAUAGAUUCCAUGAGAUUUAUAAUACAAACAAAAUGUAAAGUAUCUUGAUUAAAAAAGAGAAUUGAAUCUAUCAAUAUCAACAUUUUGCCAAUUUAAUUUGUUGUGUAUUUUUUUUUACUGCAUAGUAUAUUAAUAUUAGUCAUACUGAAAAUUUUUAUAUGUAUGCGCAAUUUUUUUCGUAAGUAAUCUGUGUAUGCGUGUGUGGACGUGUGUAUUUAUGCGUGUAUACAUGGUAAGAAAUUAAUCAAUAUAUCUUGAUUAUUGUUAUGUAAAUUAAUUUGUUGUUAAUUGUUACACUUCACUGUAUAAAUUUUUAUAUUUAUCAGUGUACAGAUAAUAAUUCCUAGUUUAUAAAUAAUGCAUCUGAUAUGGAACAAGAUUAGAAAUUAUAAAGAAACAGUUGUUAUGUC